AAACUUAAAAGUGCUUGCUCUGAAUAUUUAGUCUGUGUAAUUUACCAUUACCAAUAAAAAAAUAUUUUGAUAUUUGAUAAAUAAUAAGGGAUUACGUUAUAACAAUAUACAUAUUUUUAUUAGUGAUAAAUCCUUAAUACUGUAAUCAAGCAUGUCGUUGGUCGGGAAAUAGAAAACCGAUAAACCACGAAAGACGUGAUAAGAACUGGGAAAAAAUCAUUUUGGACGUGACAGCUAGUCCGCCAUUGCUUCUUCUUCAAUCGCAAAGUGGAGUGUAGAAUUUCGUAGAAGGGGAGUGAGUAAUAAUCUAGUUUUCAGAAAAUACCAUAAACAGACAGUCUAAAAAAUAUUUUUCGGAUAAUAUGAAGUGUGUGUAUUUUAGGGUACAAAGCAAUAAAAUAAGUGAACUUAUUAAUCUCUUGUGUUGACUUUUUUUUGUAAUUUGUGUCUCCUUUGUUGUGAUAAUAAUUGCGAUAAGACUGAAAUUUUCAAAUAAUCUUAUACCAUGGAGGCGAUAGCUAAACACGAAUUCAACGCUACAGCUGAUGAUGAGCUUAGCUUUAGAAAAGCUCAAGUGUUAAAAAUUUUAAAUAUGGAGGAUGACAUGAACUGGUAUAGGGCUGAAUUAGAUGGUAGAGAAGGUUUAAUUCCUAGUAAUUAUAUUGAAAUGAAACCCCAUCAGUGGUAUUAUGGGAGAAUCACAAGAGCGGAUGCUGAAAAAUUAUUAUUAAAUAAACACGAAGGGGCUUUUCUAAUAAGAAUUAGUGAAUCAAGUCCGGGGGAUUUCUCAUUAUCUGUGAAAUGUUCAGAUGGUGUGCAACAUUUCAAGGUUCUGCGUGAUGCUACCGGAAAAUUUUUCUUAUGGGUGGUAAAGUUCAAUUCACUGAAUGAAUUAGUUGAAUACCACCGAACGUCUUCAGUAUCCCGUUCACAAGAUGUUAAAUUACGUGAUAUGGUAGCUGAGGAGUAUUUGGUUCAAGCCCUUUACGAUUUUACGCCUCAAGAAGUAGGAGAACUAGAAUUCAAACGAGGAGAUGUGAUCACCGUAACCGAUCGUACCGACCAACAUUGGUGGCAUGGAGAAAUUGGACACCGCAAGGGACUCUUCCCGGCAACUUAUGUAACGCCUUAUCAUUCUUAAAUCAAUGUCAAAAUCGAAAACAAGCUUAUAUUUUAUACAUUUUCAAAAGGGAUAACGUAAACUUGUAUAAUGACAGUUGGUUAAAACUACUGUUGCCCCUCAGAAGAAAAAAAAAUAUUGAAGUAGCAAUUUGAUUCUUUUGGUUUGUCUCCAAUCUUGUAUACCACAAUCUAUAAGUGAACUAAUGAGGUACCAAAUGGUUUUACGGGUGAUAAUUUCGCACCCCAACAACCAGCCAUGCUACAUUCCAGGUCACUGCCGAAUAAUCUGUAUUUCCUUAUACCGUUACUACAAAGUAUGUAAACUUUCCGGAUCUGAGACUUUCUAGUAGAUUGUGGUGUCCGGUUUGGUGGAUGCAUAACUUGGAUCGAUUUCUUUCGUGUGUUUUGAAUUUACCUUAACCCCAAUCGGUGCAUUAAAGAUAAUUCCACUUCCCUAAACCAAAAAAUAAAAAUUUUAUUAUGAUAAGAAAGCUUUAAUUUCCUAAAGGAUUUGGAUCUUAUAUUAAUUAUUCGAUAAGGGAAUUGUAUCAAUUUCUAUUUACAUUUGGAAAUUAUAAUUAAAUAAACGUUGCUUGCUUCACAUAAAUUUCAAUUGCGUGCCAUGUUCAUUCGAAUUAUUGCUAAGAUUGAGUUUUAACCGAUUGUCAUAUCUGUAAUAUUAAAUAGCUUGGCGAAUUACCCACUGUCAAAUUGGCAUUAUUUUUUAAACUGAAAAAGUUACCUAAAAUUUUGAAAAAAAAAACUAUUUUAUUAUUUUUUUUAUUAGAAACUGAUUUUCUGGUGCGAGAUAUUAGGAAAUGAUUAUUUUUACGAGACGUGUUUUUAAAAUUGAGAUUCUUCCAAACAAAUCUCGAUGUUUCAAGCACUAAUUGUAACAAAAAAAUUUUCUUAGUGUGAGAUUAAACGUUGGCAAUUUGUUUGCCGAACGUUUUGAUUUUGAUAUAUUUAUUGAAGAGCUUAUUUUUAGAAUAUAUAUACAUUUAUGCUAUCACAAUGGUAAGAACAUUUUUAUGUGUACAUCCUAAUUGCUUUGAAGCAAGUAUUAUAUAGGGCGUUUCCGAAUUUCACCUCAUAUAUCAAUAAAUAUGUUCUUGUAUAACAAAUCUACAUUAAUUCGUCAACCGUACUUUGAAAAAACAGGUUCGAACAGCUGUGAUGUCUUGUCUUCACAUAUCUGCUCUAGCUCUAAUUCUAUUAGUCUAUUAGUAACACAUAGAUCAAAAAUUCCUGGUCAAAAUAAGCUUCUGUUUCAGUACUUGUUGAAUAUAGUGGGUGAAGAACCGGUUCAUCGAAUUAAACCAUCAACUUUCGAUACAAAAUGAGCUGUUUGGUGAAAGGAAUUUUUUUCUAAUUGCCACCAUUAAUUGUUUUGUCUUUUUCAUACUCACUUUCCAUACAGGUACGGUUUUAAGUUAUUUGAACUACCUAUAACUACGAAAACUCAUCUAAAAUAUUGUAAACACGUUUUAACUCCACAUACCAGUCAAUGGUGGUUGGUUUUCCAGGAAAAGAAUCAUCAUAACAACCUUCAAUCCAACCCUUUGUAUAUGCCAUGUUCCAAUAUGUUAUCCAUAUCCCAAAAUGAAGAAACUUACCAGUCCAAUACGGUUUUACGUGCUUUUACUGGGUCCAGUUAUGUAUUAGUGAAUCCAGGUUUCUUCCAUAGUCACAUAUUGUUGCAGAUAAUUCUUUUCAAUCAACUUAAAAAGCUCUAUACGCUCUAAAUGUAGAAAGACUCAUCAAAAAUGGAGUAAACACUUCCAUAUGACGUUUUGUAAUGUUUAGUUUCUUUCUCAAUUCCACUUUGGAGUUUUCUGGUUUGUAACGGUUUCUUUUUGCACCUCCUGAUCAUUGGUACUUUCGCAAUCAUUGUAUAAGUCAACGGGGAUGGAUUUUCUUGGAGGAAAACCACCAUAAUACUCACAAAACCAAUCAAAAAUUUCUUUCUCUAUUUAGAGUGUAUAGAGAUUUUUUAUGUUGAUUGAAAAGAAUUUUCUGCAUCGAUAAGAAGAAACCUGGAUUCACCACUACACAACUGGACCCAGUAAAAGCACUUUGAAGCCCAUAAAAACGUAAUCGAGUGGUAAGAUUCUUUAUUUUGGGAUACGGAUGAUGUAUUUGAAGUUUCGUAAUGUUUACUUUCUUUCUCAAUUCCUCUUUGGAGUUUUCUAGUUUGUAACGGUUUCUUUUUGCACCUCCUGAUCAUUGUUACUUUCGCAAUCAUUAUAUAAGUCAAUGGGGGUUGAUUUUCUAGGAGAAGAAUCUAAUACUGUUCAAGCUAAGCUUCUGUGUGUUUAUUUCUGGUUUAACAACAUCUUUCAAUCAACACACUGGAUUAUUUCUAUCCAUUGUACAAGUCAAAAUUUGACAAAUGUCCAUAAGGGAAUUCCAAAAUGUGUUUUGUGGUAACCUCUAUCAGUUAGACUUGAUAUCGAAUCAGCAAGAUUGAUUACUAUCUAGUGUAGCUUGUAUAUAUGAUUGAGCUUGACAUUCCUCUUUUUUAAACUACUUUUUCUUUUAACAUUGUAUGCCCUUAAGUUCCAUGGUGGAAAAGAAUCCAUAACUUGUCAUGGUAAAUAUAAUAUUGUUAGAAUAAGUGGUUGAAAAGGUUUUCCGCUACUAAUUAAUUCUAAUAUUUAUUUAAAUAAUGGUGGAAGACAUAUUUAUCAUACUUCUUUGUUUAUAAAUAAAAAAAAUUGAUAGACAGUUUGAGGUGAAGUGAUUGGAUUCGAAGACGUUCUAUAUAAAACUUUAUAACUUCAAAAGCGUGACAUUUUUAUCUUUGGUAUUGUGACAUUUUUUUCUUUAUUUUUUAUUCUUUAUAUUUAUCUCGAUAUCAAAAGUCCUCUUAUUAUUUAUAAGGAGAGUUUCAUAAAAAGUUGAUUUACUAAUGUUGAUAUGCCUAAUCAAUUUUCAACUUCAAAGUUUUUAUAACCGAUUUUUUUUGUGAUAUAAAUUUAAAAAAAUAAAAAGAUUUCGUUGUAAGACUUAGAAGAGUUGUUGAAAUAGAUAUUUUGCACCUGUUAUAUGAUCAUAUAUCAAAAUCGUCUAUUGUUAGAUAGAACUUGAUUAAAUACCCUUCUAAGUAUAUAAUUUUUUAUUAAUAAUAUUGUUAUUCAUAUUAUAAUCAACAUCAAGAAGUAAAAAAACAGGAUAUAUAUAAUCAAUGGCAUACGAAAUUUUAUAAACCCCCCAAAUUACAAUUUCUAUUCUGGUAUAUUUUCGAAAAGGCCUAAUUAGUUUAUAGGAAAACAAUCCAAAAUUGGAAUCUAUAGGUUUUCCUAAUGAUUCCAACAGAUGUCUCUAUUAGUGGUAUUUCCUAUAUUGCAUAGCCAUUACCAUAUACCUUCUAUCGAUCUCCUCCUUGGUCCUUUUGGUUUCAAGCUCAAAUUUUCUUUUAUAAUGUUAUUCCUUUCCGGAUGUUUCAUUUCCAUAUUUUACUUUUCUGUUACGGUGUAAGUUCUGAACCAAAUGUCAAUUUAUAUAUUUCUAUUUUCUUUUUAAUUUCCUUCUUUCAUUAUUUCAGUUCUAAUUAAUAAAAAUUAUGAAGUCUUAGAGUCAUUGACAACCUAUAGUAAGUUCAUAAAGGCCUUUUUGCACUUUUGAUGUUUGAUUAUACACUUUUUAUCGAACAACUUUAUAUUGAAACUAAUUACGAAUCAUUAGCUCACAUAUAUUAUGUAACUACUAUUAGAUAUAUAUUUUUUAUAACGUUAGUAGUUACAUUAGUUAUUUUUUUCCCUUUAAUUUAAUUAGAUUUAGAUUUAUUAUUAUAUUAAUUUGUUGAUGACACUAUGUACUGCGGCAUACAAUUUUCAGCCUUCGAAAAGUCAUAUCAUAGUCAAUCGGGUGCCAUUAAGUAGAUGUAGCAUUUUCAUAUUCGACACACAGAUUUUUUUAUUAGUAUUAAUCAUUUAAAAUGUCCAUAGUCUAAAGAAAAACUUAGCAGUACAUAAGAUUCAUUCUUGAUUUUAUAUUUUUAAGUAAAAUAGAGGAUGGUUGAGUGGUCAGCUGAAGACAGCACUCUUCUUACCUUCCCUUCCCAUUGGUCUUGCUACAUGUACAUGUACAGUCUUGAUAAAAUUACUUUGGCGGUUGUAUAAUCCCAUAUCCGUCCCAGAACUUUCAUUUAGUACUUCCUCUUUCGAUAUGGAGUUGAAUUGUUGUUUUAACAGCAUCUAUUGUUGAUUUACUUUUGAUAAAGCCGAGCUGUCGGUUUUAUAUAACCCCUUUGGUCUCCAGUUCAUUUUGUAGAGGUUGUCCAAUAGUUUCCAAAGGUUUACCUUUCUUCGGUGUUAGCACUAGGUGUGGAUGGCUAGACUCUAGUGAUACUGGGUGAACUAGUUCUGCCAGUGCAGCUGCCAAGAACAACCCUCAAGAUUUCACAGUUUCCGGGAGUGGAACCUAACCUAAUUUUAUUUUGAUGUUUAUGUUAUAUAUAUACUUAGGUGUUCCAAGUCGUUUAUCUAAUAUUUAAAGAUCUAAGUUAGUCGGUUAGAGUGUACUGAGUUAUUGGAAGCUAUAUGAAGGCUUUGGCUCUAAUAUGGGCAUGAACGUUGUGUAAUUACUGAAAUUCAAUACUAAACAGUUGAAAUCGUCUAAUUAGAGGCUGAAAACUGAAUGUGUGGUAUUUUGAUAUCCUAGGUUUCUCUUGGUUAUUUCAUAAUAAUAGUAAACACCUAUUCAACGAAGAAAAAAAAAUGUAGCUUUGGAGAACAUAGUCCGUAAGUGAAACACCACCGUUAAUAAUAUAGUGACAAAAAUGCGACAAGCUGUGGUUCUGUUUUAAGUUUAAUUUUUCUCCUUGCGUAUCGAUCUGUUCGUCAAGAUGCCAUUUAUUAUCUUUUAUAUAUUAUUGUAGUUUAUAUAUUAUGCAUAUUUUAUUAUCCGCAUUUUUUUGUGUAUAUAUGAAUUUUAGUUUUGCCAAAUUAUAUGCCUUCGUCAUUUUGCAUUUUUAUUUUAUUUAUAUAAUUUGGCAUUAGCUGACACUUAUAUGUAAAUACUAACUUAGGUUCUAAUUAUUAAGAUGUAAGUGCAACAACAUAUUUAGUAAAAUAUAUGUUAUAUACAAAAUCA